AUGUCGGCUGUCGCACGGGCGGCCACUUUACGGUCCCAUGUCCCCGGCCUGAGGACGACAUAUGGCAAUGCCAUCGCUUCUUCGCGGACUCUGAUUCAAAAUAGCGCUUAUUCGACCUCCACCUCUACCUCACUUACAGUAUUACAGCGCCAAAAAUCGUCUCUUCCCACACGCGUUCAACUUAUCUCUCCGUAUACUGCUUUGCCUUUGACGCGGUCAUUCCAUAUUGCCACUGCCCGUUGGCAACAACAGCAAAAAGAGAAGCAGAGUGAAGAACCAAAAAGUGAGAAGAGCGAAGAGACGAAGAGUGAAGGGGACAAGGAAGAAGGACAGAAGGAGGCGCCUCCACCACCGCCCCCUCACGGAGACAAGACUCCAUGGCAGGUUUUCAGAGAGACUCUCCAAGCAGAGUUCAAGGCAUCAAAGGAAUGGAAUGAGUCUACUAAGGCUCUCGCGUCCUCUGCUCAUGAGUUCGCCGAGAACGAGAAUGUCAAGCGCGCUCGUGCCGCUUAUGAAGCCGCUUCGGGUGCGGCAACUUCGAAGACGUCGGCUGCGUUGAAAAAGACCGGUCAGGCCAUCGGAAAAGGAGCUGCAUGGACAUGGGAUACCCCUGUUGUUAAGGGUAUCAGGAAGGGUGUCAGCGCCACUGGUGCGGGACUUGAAAAGGCCACAAGGCCCGUACGUGAGACGGAGGCCUACAAGAACGUGAAGGAAGCCAUCGAUGACGGAAGCAGCUCUCGGUAUGGUGGCUGGAUUGAGAAGGAAGAGCGCCGUAGACAACGACAACUGCGUGAAGAGAAGGAGUUGAAGAGCGGGCGCCGUUCGAGCGAGCCGCUGGUUGAAGAUCCAAAUGCGGGUACCAACCUUACCCUUCACAAGGACUCUGCUUGGAAAGAGUCGUGGCGCGAAUUCAAGGACUCAAAUCCUAUGAUGCAGAAACUCUUCUCUCUGAAGGAGACAUACAACGAAUCUGAGAACCCUCUCAUCAGUACAGCACGCAGCAUCUCGGAUCGUGUCGCUAGCUUCUUUGCUGAAAAUGAGACUGCCCAGGUCAUCAAGAAAUUCCGGGAAAUGGAUCCCAAUUUCCAGAUGGAAUCAUUCCUGAGGGAGAUGCGCGAAUAUAUUCUACCAGAAGUACUUGAUGCCUACGUCAAAGGCGAUAUUGAGACGCUCAAGCUCUGGCUCUCUGAUGCGCAAUUCCAUGUUUACGCUGCUCUUUCCAAACAGUACACCACUGCGGGACUCAAGUCGGAUGGCCGCAUCCUCGAUAUCCGAGGUGUUGAUGUUUCCCACGCCCGUAUGCUGGAACCGGGCGAGAUUCCCGUCUUCGUUGUGACCUGCCGUACACAGGAGGUACAUGUUUACCGCAACGUUAAGACGGGUGAACUCGCAGCCGGUAUGGAAGACAAGGUGCAGCUGGUUACCUAUGCCAUUGGUCUCACGAGAAUACCCGAGGACGUCAACAAUCCCGAGACCAGAGGAUGGAGGUUGAUUGAACUGCAGAAGGCUGCCCGUGACUACAUCUAA